AUGCCCUCUCUACUCGUCGUCAUCUUCGUGCUGGAGGUGUUCUCCCAUCUGGUCAACACCAUCGGCGCUGCUACCAUCAACAAUCUGCUUUGGACAUUGCUCAACUACCUCCCUAUCUCGACCUCGAAAGCUGCGAAGCAGCACCGGCAACUGCAGAUCGAGUUCCUAAAGACGCGAAAGGAGCUGAAUGCAACCAGCAGCCAAGACGAGUUCGCCAAGUGGGCGAAGCUUCGUCGUACCCACGACAAGCAGCUAGAGCAGCUAGAGAAGAGCAAGCAAACUCAAGAAGCCGCGAGAUCCAAGUUCGACACCUACCUGACCGGCUUUCGAUGGCUCCUCACCAAGGCGCCGCAAUACGGACUGCCCUUCUGGUACUCCAAGGAGCCCAUGUUUUGGUUGCCCUACGGGUGGUUCCCCUACUACGCAGAGUGGAUUUUAUCGUUCCCCAAGGCCCCAAUUGGCAGCGUCAGCAUUGCGUCGUGGCAGUUGGCAUGCUCGGGCAUGGUCACGCUUGUCGUCGAGAUGGUUGUUUCGGUCGUAGGACUCGCCCUCGCAGCGAAGCAGAGCAAGGCAAAUCCGGCGAAGGUCCCCGCAGGGGCAGGGAAGGCUAAGACUGUGGCUGGCCUGGGCGAGAAGGGGAAGAAGGAACUGUGA